AUGGAACAGUCAACCUUAGCGAUGGAGAAAAGCGAUCAAACUGCAGAAACUUCUUGCAGCAGUGUACUAAACGUGCCAGACGUAACAAUGACAGCUCAGGCCUUCCGACAGUGUAUAUUUGUCAUAGACGAGUUAUUGUCUUGCUAUGACUGUUACCAGUUCUUAAUACCGAUACCUGCUACAGCCUUCGUUUAUUUAAAAGAGAUUGAGCGCCCCAUGGACUUUAAGACUUUGGAGCAAAAUCUCUACAAUAAUAAAUACCGGCAAUAUGAAGACUUCAUUGCGGAUUUAAGUUUGAUUUGGAAGAAUGCGAAACGAUUCCACCGCACCUUCGAUCCUAUAUAUCAACAGGCAGAAAAUUUAGCCAAGCGAUAUGAAAGCCUUGAAAGGUUUUUGAAUGGAGGCGAUCUACCUUUCUAUCUAUCAACGUCAAUAAAUAGUACGGAUAUAAUUACUGGUACAGAACUACCAGAAGAAAAAGUUGAUUUAAUACCACCGCCUCCACCUCUACCACCAUUUCCAAUGUACAAAGAAAUAGAUCCGAAAAGGAAGAGUAAUCUAUAUUUCAUACAAGCAUUGAGUGAACAGGAUGGAUUGACCAGACGAUUAAGAGGUUUUGGCAAUGUUCGUCAAUUAUUUCAACACUUGAACUCGUCAUUUUUUCAGUAUUUGAAUACACAGCAAACAAAAACAACAAAGAUACCAUUACCAAGGUUUUAUAUAGCCAAAAAUCGAACUUUAUUGAAUCAAUCAAGAACAGAUCCAGACGGGCUCUUAGCUAUUCUAUUCAAUGUUGAGAUUCAUUCCGAGGGAAAAAGCGCAUCAAAAGAUCUUUAUCGACUUAGCACAACUGUUGUGAUAUGCGAGCCGAUGGGUGAGACACAUAAUUUUGAUGAUUCAACUAUGGAUAAAAGCCAAAAAUACGAAUACUGUCCAAAAGCUUGGCUGAAGUUGAAGAUUUUAAAAGUGGUUCCUAAUGUGGAGGCAGUUAUCAAUUCAGAGAUUGAUCGCAAUUUCUUCAGGAAAGCUUAUAACACUUUCCGUUUAUCAACAAAGUUUCCUGCUGAUCCUAAGAAGGUACGCAAUCAAGAGCUAGCGAAACAGUUUGUACGAUCCAUUUUAGAACCUGUAUCCAAAGAAGGAAAGCCAGCUUCUGUAACAUCCACCUCACAAUCAUCGCGUAAAUUGACAACGCAAAAACAAGCUUCUCCAUCAGCUAUAGAAUAUAUAAAAAAACCUGUAGUUAGAAUUCAAACACCACCACCAUUAUCACCUCAAAGACAAAACUUGACCGCUAAAUCUAUAGAACCAUCUCAAUUGCAGGAGAGUGUGUCUACUUCCUCUUCUCCCAAGCAACCAGCAUCCAAACCAACAGCAACAACAACAACAGCCAUCUCAUCCGCUUCCAUUUCAAAACCUAAAAACUUCAUUAGGAUACCUGAGCGUUCGAUUAAGAAUGAUCAGAGCAUGACAGAGGAAAGUAAACCUUUAACAGAACGCAGAGAAACAACACCAGUGAAGCCUCAAAUACGUUUAAAAUUGAACUCAUCUAGUAGUAACAAUAAAAAGGUAUCAGAAAUGACUGCAUCACCUACCAUAAGUACAGUAUCAGCUCAGACGGGAUCCAAUACUCAACCCACUACACAGCCAAAUACACAAUCGGAGACAAAGCAGCCAAUAAAGGACAAAAAUAGUGGAUACACGAGUUGUUCAACAGAGUCAUAUGAAUAUAGUGAGGAGGAGGAGGAUGAUAGAAGUUCAAGUAAAAGUAAACAGAUGACUCCAGUAGAUAGAAAACAUGAUGCUUCACUCAGCGAUACACCAACACUGGAAAAAGCAGUAAAAUGGAUUAACGACAAUCCUAUUGAUUCUUUUCAACGUUAUUUACAAAUGGAUGAUGAAAUACCCAAGUCUUCAGCGGAGACGCAACUGCAUAAUAAGGAAUAUUACAUAAAUGCAUCUAAAGAAUUAUGGCAUAAAUUGUCAGAUUUUGCCAAGGAGAAAAAUGUCCCUAUUGUAAAUAUUGAUCACUAUAAUGUAAACACCUCAAGGCUACCUAAUGCAGAAGGAUUUUUCAAGCACGUUUUCUUCAUGCCUAACGAUGAUCAAAAAGUGAUACAAACUUUCCGACGAAUGACCAUCACACAAAGAACGACAGAGAUUGCAGGCCUACUAGCAUUAAAAGGUCUCCCGCAUGUUGGCCAAAUAACAGAAGUUUUGCAAGAAAGUCAUGGCGAAAUUAUUGGUUUAUGUAUGCAACGUUAUCAGAAGACGUUGAAACAGUACGCUCAUGCACAUUCUCAUCACCGGCUUACAGCUCAUCAAAAGAUGGACAUCAUUAUCCAGUUGUUACAGUCUAUUGAGACGAUCCAUAAUAUAGGCCUCGCACAUCGUGACAUAUCUGAGGUCAAUUUUAUGGUGAAUGAAACAACGCAAACGCUGAGAGAUGGUAGUCGUAAAGCAGAACUAUUUUUAAUCGAUUUUGGUAAAUCCACCUUUACAAAUCCAGAAAGCUAUCGUCGUUGGUGGGUAGAGCAACCUGUCAAAAUCAACGAUGAGUAUGAAGGUGAAAUUGUGCCUAAAAGCAAAGAGGAGCUGGAUCGAUGGUGUCAUUUACUGCCUUGGAUGAGAUCCAAACCUGACCACGGUUAUCGUCUUUAUCGCUCGAUUCAGACUCUGCCAAAAAGCCGUAUAGAUACUGAUGAUCUUCCAUGGUUGGUUAACCCAUUGGCCGAAGAUUUGUAUUCUAUCGGCACGCUUAUUUGGAAGACAUUUGCUGAAACUGAGCCAUGGUAUGGUAUUCUUGACACAGACCUCAAGGGCUUACGAGAAACAGUUGGACAAGAUUACCACAUUGAAAAGGCUUUAGAAAGAGAGGUUCCCGGUGAACUGAGUAAAGAGCUUCUGCUCAAGUUUUUAAAGGUUUCGCCUGACCAAAGAAAAUCGGCAACAGAAGUUUUGGAGUGGUUGCAGAACUUGGACAUUCAAGACGGGCUGAUUAAUGAGUGGGAACAGUACGCGCCUGUAGCGAGACAAAAAAGACAUGCAAAAGCUUUAUUUAGAUAUGAAGACGAACAAGCUGCAGAUUUUGAAACGAGAAAAAGGCAAAAGAUUAAUCCUUCCAAAUAG